GCAGCCUUUUUCUGUUGUAUUGUGGGUAAAGGUCAGCAGUCAUGCGUCCUAUGUUGUAGCCGGGUGUUUUCGCAAAGUUUUCCACCCUUCGUUAAAGACAGUUUUGAGAACUGCAUCAGUCGCUGCCUUGCCGCAGCGCAAUUAUGUUCAAAUGUGCAAUAGCAGGCGGAUGACAGCAGUGGUUUCCCGGACACAGUUUCCAGGAACUUUCCUACAUUUGUAUCGCCAGUAUGGAGACUUGCCGCCAUUGACUCUGGAAAGUAUUAAAGAACGUGUCAUUUAUGUGCUAAAACUGUAUGACAAGAUUAACCCAGAUAAGCUUGCGGUAGAUUCUCAUUUCAUGAAAGAUCUAGGUCUGGACAGUUUGGACCAAGUAGAAAUCAUCAUGGCAAUGGAAGAUGAGUUUGGUUUUGAAAUUCCAGAUGCAGAAGCAGAGAAGCUAAUGACUCCUCAGGAGAUUGUAGAUUAUAUUGCAGACAAGAAAGAUGUAUAUGAGUAAACCUUUUGUUGGGAAUUUCUGUUUUAUCCUGCAGUAGCUGAAGAUCAGGCAGAAGCGGGCAGGGUGAAAGCUAUCGAUGUCUGAGCACGUGUUUAUACUGUGACUGUCUGCUCCAUCAUUUGGCCCAUUUUAGUGGGGCCAUUGUAUUUAAGUUGUAAAAAUGUUCGACCUCAAUAAAUAAGUUUUAAUAGUGUAAA